CCUCGGUUUUCUCCUCACACUCUCCAACAAACACACACACAGACGCGGGUUUAAGCAGUUAUUAUUGCUGUAUUAGAGAUUUCCAAUGGACCAAAAAUGGAUUCAGAUUCUGGUGAUUCUGGUGUCCUAUCAGCAAGUCGCCUCAGGAGUCAAUGAGCCAGUUACAUUAAAAGAGGGGGUUGAAUAUGAACUCAAUUGUAAACCUGCAGAGGUGGGGACCAUGGUCGUCUGGUUUCGAGUGUCGGACAAAUCUGGCAUGGAGUUCAUCGCAUCAUUCAGUAACAGUGGCCAGGAGAAGAAAUUACCACCGAACUUCAGUAGCCUUUACAGUUACAGAAAGAGUGCUGAACAUUUCCAUCUAAAAGUGAAGGCUUUCCGCAGAGACAGGGACAGCGGCCUGUACAGCUGCGCUUCUCUCUACAAAGGGAUUGAACUCAAAUUUGGAGAAGUCACCCAACUGCGUGGAGACGCGACUGAAGUGAGAGCCCCGCCGACCACGACGCGCGCUCCAUCCACAUCCACCACCGCGGCGACGAAAUGCGCGUGUGAAGCCAAGAACAAGCCAGGGGAGAGACGUUCUUCCAUGUUUUGUGCUCCACUGAUCCUGGGCCCGCUGGCGGGCGGCUGCGGCCUCCUGCUGCUGCUGCUCCUCAUCACCAUAUUAUACUGCAACCGAAUACGGACACGAAGGUGCCCACAUCAUUACAAGAGAAAGCCGCGGAUGGUCCCUCCUGAAAAGAUGAUGAUGACCAACAGACCUGUCUAAGCCACAUGGCUUCACUUCUUCAACAGUAGUCACUAUUAUUAUCAUGAUUUAAACAGUCAAUUCUUUUUCAAAAUCUUGUUGAAAUUUGCCAGUAAAUAAUCAACAGAAUGCGACAGAAAAUACAAGAAGUGUUUGUUUGAUCACCAACAUGCAUAAAACAUGUUGUGAGCUUUUGAUUGUCAACAUGCAGUUUUUACUGUUUACUUUGACAUUUGAUGCGCUGCAGCGUCUGAAUUUUAUCAGUAUUUUACUGUAUGUGUUUUGUUUUUGAUGAGAUAAUUAGGCUCGCUCUCGCUGUCAACUCUGAACAUAAAAGAAAACCAUCCUGAGAAUAUUCUGCUAUAUUUUUUUAAAAUUAAUUUUAUGACUGAAAUUAAUGUAGGAGCUGUAUAUAUACAUAUUUUUGCUUUGUUACAGUAACCGUCUGUACAUUAGCAUACCAGCUUGGAUAGUUUUAUACUUGCAUACUUUUACAGACACACUUCCCUUACCUUCGGUGUUAGAUUUUUAAGCUUAAUGAAGAACAUGGUUUCUCUUUUGAAAUGUUGAAAACUUUACUGUUAACAUUUUUCAAUAAUUCUUUCUCAGGGAAAUGACACUGUCAGGAACAAAAUUAAAGCAACAUUUAUUUUGUUUAUUUCU